GAGCCUCGAAGAGAAAGAAGAACCUCGAAGAGAAAGAAGAAAAUCCUGAGUCGGGAAUCAUGGCGGCCAAACCCAAGCUCAUCUACUUUAAUGGUAGGGGCAGGAUGGAGUCAAUCCGCUGGCUGCUGGCAGCAGCUGGAGUUGAGUUUGAAGAAGAAUUUCUUGAAAAAAGAGAACAAUAUGAGAAGUUGCAGAAGGAUGGACGCCUGCUCUUUGGCCAAGUGCCUCUGGUAGAGAUGGAUGGAAUGGCGCUGACGCAGACGAGGGCCAUCCUCAGCUACCUCGCUGCCAAGUACAACUUAUAUGGAAAGGACUUAAAGGAAAGAGUCAGGAUCGAUAUGUACGCGGAUGGGACCCUCGAUCUCAUGUUGAUGAUCGCUGUGGCUGCAUUUAAGCCCCCGCAGGAAAAAGAAGAGAGCCUUGCUUUAGUUGUGAAGAAAGCUAGAACCCGUUAUUUCCCAGUCUUUGAAAAGGUUUUGAAAGAUCAUGGAGAAGAUUUUCUUGUUGGUAACAAAUUCAGUUGGGCUGACAUACAACUGUUAGAAGCUAUUUUAAUGGUGGAAGAACUUGAUGCUUCUGUUCUUUCUGACUUCCCUCUGCUAAAGGCAUUUAAAGCAAGGAUCAGCAAUAUUCCCACAGUUAAGGCCUUCCUGCAGCCUGGGAGUCAGAGGAAGAUGCCUCCGGAUAGCCGCUACGUAAAAGUUGUCAGGGAUGUCCUACAGUUUUGAUGGCAUCAGGCCUCACGAUGGCAACAGCAUCGACCUACCACAACAGCCCCACCUGCCAGCUGUCAGGGCCCACUGUAGAUUCUAGGAGUCAAGUGUCUGAACAGAACAAAACCAAAUUGCUCAUUAAAUGCAAUCUGA